GAACAGAAAAUAAGAACGCAUGCCACAUUUUACUUCUGUCACCAAUGUUGCGGUCCUGCUUCACUGUGAACCAGUCACGUCUUUUUCUUCCACAGGUACAUUGUAUCUGGAGUCUUCCGAUUUUCAUGAGGAGCGACAGCUAAUGGAAAAAGCCUUCCCCGCAGUAAUGUCUAUUCCACGUGCAAUUCCAGUCGGCGGGAUUCAUCUAUCUAUAUUAUUUUAUGGUUUUAUGUGUUAAUUUGACUUAACAUCUCUGCGUUUUCUAUACAUGUUGCAUAGAUCUAUAAAACGCAACCAUACCGUAAACAAGAAAUCUGCUCAAAUUCAUGAGUUGAUCUUCCUGACUUUGACUGUCCGAUCAAUAGAGAGCUCAAGAUCUGAACCUGAGAUGGAGGUUGUUGUCGACAGCACGCCUCAGACCAGCAGCUUUGCCACCGAAAAUCAAAGCAGUGUCACUGCCAUCGUUGUCAGGCUAAUUAAGGAAUCGUUAAGCUCCAUCUUAACCAGAUUUCAUGCAGGUUAUUUUAGGAUAAGCCUAUCUCUCGGUGGCCAGGCUUUACUGUGGAAGACCUUGAUUGGACCAACCGAUGACAGAAGCACUCUAAGGGAUGUGCUCCACAUGCUCCACCCCACGGCUUUUCUUGUACUAUGGUCUUUCGCUCUCUUUACCCUUGUUUUGCUUUCUCUUCUUUACAUCUUGAGAUGCUUGUUUUACUUUAAGAUGGUGAAAGCAGAGUUCUUGCACCAUGUAGGGGUUAACUACCUAUUCGCUCCAUGGAUUUCCUGGCUUCUUUUACUUCAAUCAGCUCCAUUUGUCUCGCCAAAGACAACCUGCUAUCUUGUCCUUUGGUGGUUUUUUGCGGUUCCUGUUGUUGCUCUCGAUGUGAAACUUUAUGGUCAAUGGUUUACAAAAGGGAAGAAAUUUCUGUCUACGGUUGCAAAUCCUACGAGCCAGAUAUCAGUCAUCGGAAAUCUUGUUGGAGCACAAGCUGCAGCAAAUAUGGGGUGGAAAGAGAGCGCCGUUUGCUUGUUUUCACUGGGGAUGGUCCAUUAUUUGGUGCUCUUAGUGACCCUUUACCAGCGUUUCUCAGGCAGUGAUAGGCUUCCAGCGAUGCUUAGGCCGGUUUUCUUCUUGUUCUUUGCCGCACCAAGCGUGGCGAGCUUGGCUUGGGAAUCCAUAACUGGUGCUUUUGAUACUGGUUCCAAGAUGCUUUUCUUCCUCUCCCUCUUCCUCUUCACCUCCCUGGUUUGCAGGCCAGCUCUUUUCAGGAGAUCGAUGAGGAGGUUCAAUGUUGCCUGGUGGGCUUACUCCUUUCCCUUGACGGUCCUGGCUCUAGCUUCCACGGAAUAUGCAGAAGAAGUGAAAGGCAGCAUCGCGCACAUCCUUAUGCUUCUUCUAUUAGCCCUUUCCGUUUUGGUCUCACUUGGUCUCACAGUAUUCACCCUGCUCAACACUAAAAUGCUAUUACCCGACAACGAUCCAAUUGCAGCAAGUCUCCACCAUUUACCAACAGUUUCUGCAUAAUGCCAAAGCCGCCAGAUAGAAGGGCAAGAAAAUAAAUUCAAGUGCGAUUACAAUGCUGAUUUCUGCAAUAUUAGCUUACUCUGUCACCAAGUUGUCUAUGCUAUAAAAUUUUUGCUGUGAGAUUGUAGAGAGGAUAUAAAUCUUGCAUUGCAUGCACGUCAGUAAACAAGAUUAACCAGUGAUGUAUGAAGUGAUGUUUAUUGGAAGACAAAAGUAAAAGGAAAUGCUCAUUGCUUUUCGUUCUCCUGUCA